AUGCGAUCAUCACGGACAGCGAUGCAUGCUUUGCAACGUACUCCCGCGCUGACUACAAUAAAUGUCGGCGAAGUAAACCAUGAGACUGGAAAAGGUGCAAACUACGAAGUUCCUGCAAAAAUCACUCCCAUACAGGUAAAACCGUCGUCCUUUUACAAUCAAGGUCCCCAACCGAUCCAACCAUAUUUACCUCAAUCACGAACGAAUAGCGGUUAUCAGCAGCUGAGUGGAGGUUAUCAACAGCCAAGUGGAGGGUAUCAGCAGCCAAAUGGAGGUUACCAACACCCGAGUGGUGGCUAUCUGCAACCUCAUCAGAGCUUCCAACCUCCACCUCCUUCUCUUCUACAACCGCAGCCAUUUUCUAUUCCACAGGCGCCAGUUUAUCAACCGCAACCGCCCUAUCAAGUAUCACCAGUGCAGUCAACACCACAGCAGGGUUGCUGUGGUGGUCAAUUGUUCAGUCAACAAGGUGGUUUAUGUAUGCCGAUGAAUUUCAAUCCUUGCCAAGGCCGGCAACAGUAUUCAAGUGGAGGAGGAUGCGGUGUCUGUUCGCCAACUUGCGUUUCGGCGUGCCCCCGCUCCGCACAAUCUUGUGGCAGUGGUAACUGCUGCGUGGCGCGGUCACCCGCUUGUUGUCCUCAGCCUAUGGCUUCACUAUGUUGUAAUCAAGUGGUUCAGUCAUGCUGUCAACCACAGCAACGACAAUGCUGCAAUUCGCAGAAUUCGUCUUGUUGCCCAAAUCCAUUCCAAGGCUGUUGCUGUAACCGGAGUCAAAUGUCCGGAUUGUGCCGACGACGCUCUAAACGGUCGGUUGGUCGACUACUUGGUCUUUGCGGGUCAGAAAUACGCUAG